GAAACUCCCUCUUGUUGCGGACUGAACUGUCCCAGCGGUCGGCGGCUCUGGACGCAGGCAGACGGCAGCAACAAACACCGGGUUGUAAUGUACCACUGCGGACUAAAUUAACACCAACCCUCUGUCCCGCGAGCUACCUGGAAGUUUUAAACUUCGCUUGAAACUUUCGGCGGGGCUUCUCAGUCUGAACUCGUUAAGUCGUUAGUCUGACCGGCCUGUAAACCGAAGCGUCGGUCCGCACAUGUUUCUGCCUUGUUCCUGCUAGUUUCCAAAACAACCAGGUGAACAGGCCGUCUGGCUCCCCCGGGGACCUGCGCAGGUAACACGGGUUAGUUUACCUGUACGCACACGGUGACGCACGGAGCGUUUUUGCCGUUCCCAUUUCGCCCUACGGCUCUCUCCCGUAGCAGCCGGAGAACCGCACCGGGGACCCACCGAGCACCAGGACGGUCAUGGAUCUACCCGGAGAGAGCGAGCCCAGGCGGAGGAAAGGCAGGAGGAACCCCGCGGUGAUUACCAGGAGGAACUCACCGGUGGAUACCAUGUAUGCCGUCGGUAUUAUCUGCCUCCAAGUGCUGUCCAUCCAGGCCGCCGCCAUUCAGUUCACCAAGGAGCCCAAGUCCCAGGAUGCCUUGCACGGCCGCAGCGCAAUGCUCCGCUGCGAGGUCAGCGAUCCGGCCGACAUCACGUACAGCUGGCUUCACAACGGCCAGCCCCUGGAGCACAGCGAGAGGCGCUUCGUGGAGGGCAGCAACCUCAAGUUCACGGCGGUGGAUCGGCAGUUGGACGCGGGAAACUUCGAAUGCGUCGCAGACAACUCGGCCACAGGAGAAUCCCUCCACUCCACCAACGCCUCCUUCAAUAUCAAGUGGUUGGAAAGUGGCGGCGUAACUUUGAAGGAGCCCGCCUCAGAAGGGGACAUCGAGAGCUCCGCGCCGGUCACGUUGCGCUGUCACAUUGACGGACACCCACGGCCGACGUGUCAGUGGUUCAAGGACGGGGCGAAGCUGACGGAGAAGAGCCACCAGAUCAACAACAAGGAGAGGACGCUCACCUUCGCCAGCACCAGUCCGGACGACAACGGCCUGUACUACUGCUGCGCCAAGAACGCAGCGGGACACGUCUGCAGCAACAGCAACUUCACUCUCAACAUCAUAGAUAAGAGUUUCCCGAGGCCGGUGGUCACUCCUGAGGACCAGGUGGUGCUGAAGAACGAGGAGGCCGCCUUCCACUGCCAGUUCACUGCCGAGCCGACCCCCACGUUGGAAUGGUACCACGAAAAUGAGCUGCUGGUGAACAAGUCUCGUGUGAUCCUGUUCUCCAACGGCACAGUGCUGAUCACCCAGGUCAAGCCCAGGAACACAGGGACCUACAAGUGCGUCGGCCGCGGCCUCACAGGGUCCAAUGUUGCACUGGAGGCCUCCCUCCUCAUAGCCGAGAUCGACGACAUGGUGCCCAACAUGUCGAAGGUCUUCACAGCGGACACCCUGCAGCGGGUGGCCUGCCCCCCCCCACGCGGCAGACCCGAGCCCGAGGUGUGGUGGGAGAGGGGGGGUCAGCGGGUGCCCACGGAGGGCAGGGUGUACCAGGACGGCCUGAAUCUGGUCUUCAGUCCCACAGAGGGAGGGGACUCGGGCACAUACACCUGCGUGGCCCAGAACAGGGCGGGACGCAGGACCCUGGAGGUCACCUUCACCGUGGCCACUGCCCCAGUGUGGGUGCUGAGGCCUCAGGACAGCCACCUAGAGGAGGGUAAACCAGGCUACCUUCACUGCCACGCUCAGGCCAACCCUGAACCUGAGGUCACAUGGCUCCGCAACAACAUCAUGCUCACACCAGAGGACUCUCGUUUCAAGCUGUUCCCUAACGGCACCCUCAGGAUCAACAACGUGGAGGUGUACGACCAGCAGAUGUACGGCUGUGAAACGAAGACGGAGGGCGGCCGACUGUCUGGGCAGGCGCGCGUUUUUGUGCUCGAGAAGCUGAAGUUCACCCCCACCCCCCAGCCUUCUCAGUGCCUGGAGCUGGACAACGAGAUCACCAUCCAGUGCUCGGCUAAAGGCAGAGAGACCCCCACCAUCCGCUGGACCAAAGCAGACGGAGGAGAGCUGCCUCCUCGGGUGGAGCAGAGGAACGGCCAGCUCCACUUCACCAAAGUCACCCGCAGCGACGCCGGAAACUACACCUGCAUCGCCUCCAACAGCCUGCAGGGGGAGAUCAGGGCCCUGGUGACCCUCAUAGUGGCCGUGUACAUUCGCUUUAAGUUGGAGCCAGAGAAUACCACGGUGUACCAGGGCCACACUGCCAUCCUGCACUGCCAGGCCACCGGAGACCCCGAGCCCCACAUCCACUGGAUGGUUAAAGACAAGACGCUGGACAUCAGUAAGAACAGGAGGUUCCAGAAGAUGCCAAAUGGCUCCCUGGUGAUUACAGAUGUGACUACAGAUGACACGGGCAGAUACACAUGUGUGGCGGGAAACAGCUGCAGCAUCAAAGACCGCAUGGCUCAGCUUCAUGUAGUGGAAAAACCUAACCUGCAUAACUUUGACGAAGUGGAGGACAAGGCUCCCUACAAGAUGAUCCAGACCAUCGGCCUGUCGGUGGGAGCAGCCGUGGCUUACAUCAUCGUCGUGCUGGGACUCAUGUUCUACUGCAAAAAGAGACGCAACGCCAAAAGGCUGGACAAAGGCCAGGACGGAGAGGAGCCCGAGAUGGAGUGUCUCAACGGGGGUGCCAUUCAACAAAAUGGCCACACCACUGCUGAGAUCCUGGAAGAAGUGGCACUCACCAACAUGGGUACCAUAGCAACAACAGAGAAACGCCACAGCCAUGUGAACAACGAUAAGCUCCACUUUCCCCGAGCAAACCUGCAAACCAUCACAACUUUAGGCAAAGGGGAGUUUGGCGAGGUGCUGCUGUGCAAAGCUAAGGGUAUAGAGGAGAGCGAGGAGGAGACGGUGGUGCUGGUGAAGAGCCUGCAGAGCAGAGACGAGCAGCUGCAGCUGGACUUCCGCCGCGAGGCCGAGAUGUUCGCCAAGCUCAGCCACGCCAACGUGGUGCAGCUGCUGGGGCUCUGCAGGGAGGCCGAGCCGCACUACAUGAUCCUGGAGUACUACGACCUGGGAGACCUCAAGCAGUUCCUGAGAAUUUCCAAAAGCAAAGAUGACAAGGUCAAAUCUCAGCCAAUCAGCACCAAGACCAAAGUUUCCAUCUGUGCCCAGGUGGCUCAUGGGAUGGAGCAUCUGUCCAAUCACCGCUUCGUUCACAAAGACCUCGCCGCCCGAAACUGCAUGAUCAACAGUCAGCGGCGCGUCAAAGUGUCCGCGCUGAGCCUCAGCAAGGACGUCUACAACAGUGAGUACUAUCACUACAGGCAGGCAUGGAUCCCGCUGCGCUGGCUCCCCUCAGAGUCGGUGUUUGAAGACGACUUCUCCACCAAGUCUGACAUGUGGGCCUUCGGAGUGUUGAUGUGGGAGGUGUUCAGUCACGGGGAGAUGCCAUAUACCAAACUCAGCGACGACGAGGUGCUGGAAGGUCUGCAGACAGGGAAGCUGAAGCUGCCCCUGCCUGACGGAUGUCCCUCCAAAAUCUACAAACUCAUGGCCCGCUGCUGGGCGCUCAGCCUGAAGGAGCGCCCCUCCUUCACCGAAAUCGUCCACGCCCUGGGAGAGCAGCCCUCUGACAGCAAGGUCUGAGAGGACCCUCACCAACCCUGACCUCCUUUCUUUAAAAAAAAAUAAAGACAGGAAUUCUGGAAUAUUAGUCUCACACAUUUCAGGGAAGUGGGUUGAGGAGAAGAAACUUUUUUAAUAUGCAUUUCAAACAGCGGGCGUGUGGAUCAGACUCCUUUAUUCUACAGCAGUGGAAACACACUCACGUCUGUGUGAGCGGGUUCUCGUGAGCAGUGACGGGAGUUUGCCUUAACGCGGCAAGGACGACCCCCUCCCCCCAUCAAGCUGUGGCUCCACUGCGACCCCGCCUGUCGCUCUGUCCCAGAGUUUCACAGAGCCUCACAACCUCAGUGCCUCUACCCCGCCCCCCCCCUCCACACACACCCAGACUGCUUUGUAGUAUGUUACAGCGCUCUAACUGGCUCCAUCAACAGGAAUCAUUGUUGGACGUUUAUGAAACCCCCCCUGAAAAUGAGGUUCACUGCUCUGUCAAGGAUGAAAGAAUAUUGAAGGAAAAGUGGGACUUCAGUGAAGCGUUUCUACUUGAACCUAAAAUCCAGCUUCUAUCCCCCCCCAAAAUGUGUGUGUGUGUGUGUGUGUGUGUGUGUGUGUGUGUGUGUGCCACUGAACUGUUCCCAUGCUACAGUGUACGUUCAAAGAAGAAGUGGAACAAGGUUUGCAUGAAGGUCCGUCGGCUGUUACGCUUAUCAUUUUGCGACGUGAGGAGACUUGUGGAAAAAGAAAUCUGUGUUAUGGUAACACUUCAGGAACAUGAACAAAGAAAGAUCAAGUUUAUAGCCAAGGAAUAUAUUGAAUAGAUGAGUUUGUGCCAGUGUGGGAGUUUUAUGAGUGUGUUCUGUUAGUAUUAACUUUGAGGUGCUUAUCGGUCACGGCCUAUGGGUAAGAACACCCGUUUUAAUCACAUGAUCAUGUUGCAGGCAUGCAGCCUAUCACUGUGUUUAACCUGCGACAUCAUUUCUUCAGAGGUCCAAUCACAGUUUUCCUUUUCCGGGUCCAAUUGUUUUGUGCAAUGCUGCCGAGUGGACCAUCACACCAGGCAAUGUGUACAUAAUGUAGAAGCCAUGCACUAACUUCACUUAAAAAGAAUAUCCCUGUUUAUCUCUAUCAUGUUGUGUAGUAGGACAUGCAGGUGCCUGUUUAUUUAUAUUGAAGGUCCUGUCUUUUUUUUGUAACUAUGUUUAUAACAGAAAGGUACUUCUCUGAUGCUAUGUGUUCUUUCAGUCCAUCUCAGUUCAGCCUGGAAAGCCGAAUAUGUUAAAACAAAGGUCAACAGAGUGACCCUGGGUCACCAGAUCUCAUUUAAGUGCCUGGUAAAUGAAGGAUUGUCUUUACUGUUUCCCUUUUUACAUUAUCUAAUCAAAUGGCCUUUGUUUAUGAACUUGUUUUUUUAUACGUUGUUUUUAGUGUAAUGUUUUGUUUUUAUGAAUGCUAGGACUCACACCUAGACCUCCUUUUUUAUCUGCUUCAGCAAAUGUUCACAAUAAUCACAGAUAUAUACUAAAGUAUACAUGCUGCUGUCAAUAAAGGUUCACAGUGUUUUUA